UACUGUACUUAAAAAAUUGCAUUGCUAAAAUUUGAUGCGCGCGCAUUUAUUAUUCCAUGUUUCUAAACAUGGCAGGUAGAAGUGGGUUUGAUGAUGGAAAUCCGAGGGACUUUGAUGGUCCCAGAAGGACCGCAGGUGGUCGUCCUCUCCCUUCAGAGCCUCCCUACAAAGCAUACGUUGGCAAUUUACCUUCAGGAAUGAUUCAAGGAGAUAUAAACAGAAUCUUCCCAGGAUUUGGUAUCAAAAAUGUACGACUUGUUAUGGACAAAGAAACAGAUAAAUUCAAAGGAUUUUGCUAUGUUGAAUUUGAGACUAUUGAAGACUUGAUUAGAGCUAUAGAUAUGAAUGGAAUUUUAAAUGUUAAUGGUAGCUUUAUCAAAAUUGAUGUUGCUGAAGAAAAAAGGAGCGACAGAGGGGGUGGCUUUGACCGUGGACGGCGAGACGGCGGACGGGACGUUGGGCGCGGCGGCGGCGGCGGCGGUGGCGGCGGCGGCGGUGGUUUCAAGCGAGACGGUGGUCGUGGUACGUACGAUCACUUCGAGGGAGACCGACGUGCUCCCCGUCCUACUGGAGGGUUUACACAGGAUCGCGAGCGAGGGGCCGGCGGGGCCGGUGGGGCCGGCGGAGGCGGCGGUGGCGGCGGUGGCGGUGGUGAACGGUGGAGUGAACGUGGCGGCGACCGGUGGAGCGAGGGCGGCCGCGGUGGCCGCGGAGGCUCCGAGGAGCCGCGCCCUCCUGGCGACUGGGGACGCAUGGGCCGCUCGGGCUCCGGGGCUCCGCCUUCCCAGAGACCUGCGCCACGACGCUUCGACGAUAUGCCCCCAGCACGACCCGCAACAGAAACUCCUGGCAGGCCAAAAUUAAAAUUAGAGCCAAGAACAGUGAAGGAGCCAGUGAACUCCCUUGCGUCGACGAGCCAGGCGUCUUCAAUAUUCGGAGGCGCAAGGCCGCGCGAGGAAAGACUCAAGGAGCUCGCUGGGGAAUGAAUUUCAAAUCUCACCCCGCAACAAUACUUUUACCGACUAUUCCCUCUCCCUGUGUGUAAAUGUAUCGUCCCGAUACCAGUACCUUAUGUAUUUUCGAUAUUAAUCAAAAUGGUGAAUUAUGCGGUAAAUCAUUUAAAUGCUUUUUGUUAGGUUGUGAGGUUGUUAAUCAUUUUAUAAUAUUUUAUUAUUGCAUUAUUGAAAUAUGUAUGAUCUUUUGGCCGAUUUUGCCGACACCUAACUUUUAACUUGUUAAAAGUAAAGCAUUUAAGGUAUUAUUAUAAAUCGCUUGCAUUAUAAUAUAUGUCAGCUUGUUUGUUUGUUGAGCUUAUGUAAUUAUUUAAAGCUUUUUCCAUUAUUUUGUCAAAUUAUAGAAUAUUUGCAUAAUAUUAUCAUAAAAUGGGUUAUUUUUUAUUUAUGUCAAUUUAUAAACUAAUAUUCACAAAGUAAUUUAAGGUGAUGAUAAUAUUGAUAUGAUUAUAUAUUAUCAUUGUAAAUUAAUCCAGUGAUUUAAGUCUAUUUCUAUUUCAUUAGAUAUUGUGUAAUAUUGUAAGUUCCAUGGCAAAAAAAUCGCAAAAUUGUAACAAAUCAUAGAAAAAAUUAAUAAAAAGUGAACUCUU